AUGAGUGACAGUGAGCAAGGCAGCUCUGGGCGCCCGCCCAUCGACGGCUACGUCGAUCCAAACUUUCCCAAUCCCAACGGCGAGUGGGACACGCCCGUCAUCAUCUACGGUUACACUCCCGCCUUUUCGCUCGCCGUGUUCGCCGCCGUCUGGUUCGCCGUCUUCCUCGUUGUCCACCUCGUCCAGACGAUUCGCUUUCGGAGCUGGUACUUCAUCACGUUUCCCAUCGGGCUCUUGUUUGAGAUUGUCGGAUACAUUGCGCGCUCGCUUUCAGCCAAGGAUGAUCCGUAUCAUCUACUAUACUUUAUCCUCAACUACUUCUUCAUCGUCACGGCGCCCGUCUUCCUCGCUGCGGGUGUGUACACUAUCCUCUCAGCAUUGAUACCCCGGCUUGGACGCCGAUACUCGUUCCUCCCGCCCAAGGCCAUCCUCUGGUUCUUUAUUACUUCCGACGUCAUCGCAACUGUGGUCCAGAUCACAGGCGCUGCUCUCAUCGGUGUGCGACAGUCAAACCGCGACGAUCCCACAGACGCAAACAACAUCCUCCUCGGUGGCUUAGCCUACCAGGUCUUCUCCCUUGGCGUCUUCGUCAUCUUGACCGCGAGCUUUCUCUUCCGAAGCCGACAAGAGAUUCGUACACGAGGUCGAACACUCACCAGUUUCUGCGUCGCAUUCGCAGUAGCCACUAUCCUCAUCUAUCUGCGAACGUGUUUCCGUCUGGCAGAGACGGCAGAGGGAUUAGGCGGCCACCUUUAUUCCAACGAGAUUUACUUUGCUUGCCUCGAGUUUGCUCCCGUGGCGUUGGCUGUGUUGCUGUUUGCUAUCUGGUAUCCUGGACGUAAGCUGGCCGUUUUAAACGUUCCUGGCAUCACCAUCACCCACGUCAUUGUCGCCGCCAUCCACAUAAACGACAAGCCCGAGGACAUCACCCUCAACGACCACCACCCAUCUCACCCCCGCUUCCAGACCAUGUGGGCCGAGCUCCGCGUGCUGCAGGCCUCGGGCGUGAAAGUCAUGGGCAUGCUGGGCGGCGCUGCCAAGGGGAGCUAUCAGCGCCUUGACGCCGACCAGGAGCAGUUUGACAGGUUCUACGGUCCUGUGAGGGACAUGAUUCGGGAGCGUGGGCUAGACGGUCUUGAUCUGGACGUGGAGGAGGAGAUGAGUCUAGGAGGGAUCGUUCGACUGAUAGAUCGCCUUCGAAGCGACUUUGGUCCCAGUUUCAUCAUCACUUUGGCACCCGUUGCCAUGUCUCUGCUCGACUUUACCAAGAACCUCAGCGGCUUCGACUACGAGGCUCUCGAAGUCAUGCGGGGCCGCGAUAUUGCCUGGUACAACACACAAUUCUACUGCGGCUGGGGAGACUGCAGUAACCCCCUCAUGUACGACCUCAUGAUCCAAAAGGGUUGGCCUCCGGAGAAGAUUGUCAUCGGACUCGUCACCAACCCGGAAAACGGCGGUGGCUAUGUGCCUAUGAACCCUCUCAGCAUGGUCCUCACAACACUGCGAGGUCGUUAUGGUUCCUUUGGAGGUAUCAUGGGUUGGGAGUACUUCAACAGCUUGCCUGGAGGUACGGCACGACCGUGGGAGUGGGCGAGGGACAUGACCAAACUUCUAAGAGGGCAUUUGUUUCCACAGUCGGCAGAAACAGCAGUGGUAACGGAUGGGUCGGUACCUACAGCUAACGCAACUAACGAAAUCGAUGCGGACGCUCCAGGGGGGAAGGAUGUAAAGGUUCCGAAGCAGUUCGACUACUACUCGGAUGGAGCAGAUGAUGAAUAG